AUGGAGGAGCUUGAAGCACGUACCAAGGAAAUUCAGUCGAAGAUUGAACAAAACAGUCGAUUAAAAGAGAAGGCCAUCGAGCUUCGCCAAAUGUUGACCGACAAAAACGCGCAGCUUCAAUGCGAUACCCAGAUUAGAGAAUGCCAACGGUAUAUUGAUUAUUUUACAGAGGAACUAUAUCGUUUGAGAACGAAAAGCCAUAGAGCAUCCAUGAUAUCUAUGCAUUCAUUGCAGCACUUACAGAAAGAAUCGUCAGUUCAGUCAGACGCACCCACCUCUUCUACUUCUGCAACUGCUGAUAACUCUGAUGCUACAGCUUCUAUUCUUGCAGGGAGUACUGUUCACUCUGAGGACCACACAACGCUUAAUCAACCAUUAGUCACUUCGCCGACUCAGUCUUUACAGUCUUACUUUCCAAAAAUGACCCCACAAACCUCCGAGGACAGCGACUCCCGAAAGCAAUACACUAAUUUGGAUCUUUUGGAAGCAGACACGCCCAUUAAUCGUGCUAAAGUGUCAUUAAAGUUACAUGAAUUGGAAUAUAAAGUUGAUGUAGAGAAAAAAGUGCAAGAGGGAAUAAAAAACCUGUAUAGCAUUCUGGAUAGUUCUUCAACAUCAUCUGCUGCAGAUAGAAAAAGGAAACAGGAACUUCACGAGAAGCAGUUAGAAUCAGCCGAGAAAUUAACGUUGCUUAACAAUGCUGUGAAGAAGUAUAAGGAUCUAUAUUUAGGCGAAGAGGAAGAUGACGAAGACGAUGUUAAUAUUUUGUUAGAUAAUACCCAGAAAAAGGAACCAGCAUCAACAUCAACAUCAACAACAACAACAACAACAACAACGUCCGAAUCUUCAAAGUUGGAACGAUUGGAAGUACGUCCUGUAUAUCGUGGAUUACCAGGUGCACGCCGUCCAGUCACGGGUAUCCUUCAACUAAAAAUCCUUGAAGCGCACGAAUUAGCCCAUGCUCCUACACGUAUGUUUCGCGAUCCCCAAACUACUGUGAUGGUUAAAAUCGAUGGCAAUAUCCAAUACCGUACACGUCCUUCUAGAAAUGAUAAAUGGACAGAUUCAUUUGAGAUGCACGUUGAUAAAGCAACAGAAGUUGAAUUGUUGAUUUACGAUCAAUCAGGCGACCGCACAUUACCUAUUGGUUUAUUAUGGUUGAAAAUAUCUGACAUUGCUGAAAAUUUACGUAAACAAAAAUUGGAAUAUGAACAACACGGUAAUAAUUGGGUACCGGCGGAAGAAGUAGCACAACAACAGGCUUCAUUAGACCCACAACAACAACAACAACAAAGUAGUAACAAAGCCUUAAAUGCAUCCCAGAGUGCCGAAAACAGCAAUAGCAAUAAAAGAAAGCAGGCUGUCGAUGAGGGAAUUAGUGCGUGGUUCGAUGUGGAGCCAUUAGGUAGAAUUUAUUUGAAAAUCAAUUUUGUACGUGAAAAUGUGAAGAGAAGGCCUUUAGAUAAAUUAGGAAGAGCAGGUGCUGUACGUGAGAGAAAGGGAGAGAUUCAUGAGAUGAACGGGCAUCAAUUUGUUGCUAGACGCUUCUACCAUAUUAUGAAAUGUGCUUUAUGUGGGGAUUUUAUGGCAAAACUUUCUUUUCAAUGCGAAGACUGUGGUUUGGCGUGCCACAAGAAAUGCUACAAUCGCGUAGUGACACGGUGUAAGUCAAGAUACGGUGCUCAUACGGAUCACGAUGAAGAUGAACUGAAGCAUCAUAUACCACAUCGUUUUGAAUCCUUAACAAUCAUUGGCGCUAACUGGUGUUGUCAUUGUGGCUUCAUGCUACCUCUAGGCUUGAAAGGAGCACAAAAAUGCGCAGAAUGCAAUGUUGUAUGCCAUACAAAGUGUGCUCCGUUGGUACCUGAUUUCUGCGGCAUGACAAUGGAAAAGGCGAAUCUGAUGCUGAGUGAAAUGAAAGCAGCCAAUAAACGACGAACCUUUCACUCAGAUAGCUUACCACCCUUUCUACCUGAUAACCAUCAAAAGCCAUUAUUUGCAUUUUCGUCAUCUUCAGCAGCAAACAAUACCCAACUACAAUCGCAGAAGAAAGAUAGUCAUCAACCAACUACCAGCAUUAUUACCCCACAACCUUCUACCUCAACGCCUGUUUCCACUAAAGUUCAUUCAAACGCAAGCCGAUCUGUAACUGUAGCUCGUGACCAACCGUCCUUCCAAUCGUUGACGAGCACAUUUAGUCAAGCCUCGAUCAAUGAUGCCUUAUCCCGGCCAAAUACCAAAAUUACUACACCUGUUCAAGUGAACAGAAAGGUUGGUUUGGACGAUUUUAAUUUCCUAGCAGUAUUAGGCAAAGGUAACUUUGGUAAAGUCAUGCUUGCCGAAGAAAAAUACACGAAUGAGCUCUAUGCCAUCAAAAUCCUAAAAAAGAGAUUUGUAUUGGAUAAUGACGAAGUUGAAAGUACACGAUCUGAAAAGCGUAUAUUCUUGAUUGCCAACGAGGAACGACAUCCUUUCUUAGUCAACCUUCAUAGUACCUUCCAAACCGAAACCCGUAUCUAUUACGUAAUGGAAUAUGUGAGUGGUGGUGAUCUAAUGCUACAAAUUCAAAGAGAACAGUUUUCGGAAGUGCGUGCACGUUUUUAUGCAUGUGAAGUUUUGUUGGCAUUAGAAUAUUUUCAUAAACACGGUAUUAUCUACCGUGAUUUAAAAUUGGAUAAUAUCAUGCUAUGCUUAGAUGGACAUAUCAAAUUAGCAGAUUAUGGUCUUUGUAAAGAAAAUAUGUGGGGCAACAAUACUACAAAUACUUUCUGUGGCACACCAGAAUUUAUGGCACCAGAGAUUCUAUUAGAGCAUCGAUAUGGUAAAGCAGUUGAUUGGUGGGCUUUUGGAGUUCUCAUUUACGAAAUGUUACUUGGUCAGUCACCGUUUAAGGGUGAAGAUGAAGACGAAAUUUUUGAUGCUAUCCUAGAAGAUAAUAUAUUAUAUCCUAUCAAUAUGUCGAAAGACUCUGUUUCAAUCUGUGAAUCUUUACUGGAGAGAAACCCUGAGAAACGUUUGGGUGGUGGAAAGGGAGACGCGCAGGAAGUUAAAGGACAUUCAUUCUUCGCUGGUGUCAAUUGGGACGAUAUGUUGGCCAAACGUGUUCAACCACCAUUCUUACCAACUGUUAAAGGAAGAGCAGAUACAUCAAAUUUCGAUGAAGAGUUUACUAGAGAAAUUCCUAUACUGACACCCGUCAAUGCUAUGUUAACGCCGAACGAGCAGCAAGAAUUCGCUAACUUCUCUUACGUCGCUAACUGGGCAAUUUAA